AACGGCGCCGGGUGCCUCCCGGGCGCCCUCCAUGCCCCACACCUCCUCGGGCCACCCCCGCCCCCCAGCCCGAGUCGAAUGCUCCCCUCAACCCACUAGAGGGGCAGCGGGCUCUGUGCGCGAUCGGCAACAAUGUUUACGUUCCGGGGAUUAUGACGUCGACGCCUCCCCCCCACAACUGCUGAAAAUGGUUUCCUAGGACUUUGCAAACGGAUCUGCUUAAGUGUUGGUGCAAAACUUUGUAGAUCUCGACUCUGGCUUGCUUUAUUUAUUUGUUUUUCGGCUUGUUUUCUUUGGUCUUCCCUCCUUCCCCCCCUACGCCAAAAUGCAGGGGGCAGGAGUGUUGACAAUUAAUUGGUGAACUCUCCUAAAAAAAUGGAGGCAGAGAAAGACUCUGGAAGAAGAUUGCGUCCGAUCGACCGCCAGAGAUACGACGAAAACGAGGACUUGUCGGACGUGGAGGAGAUUGUCAGUGUCCGAGGCUUCAGUCUGGAGGAGAAGUUGCGCAGCCAGCUGUACCAGGGGGACUUCGUACACGCCAUGGAGGGCAAAGAUUUCAACUAUGAGUACGUGCAGAGAGAAGCUCUCAGGGUCCCCCUGGUAUUUCGAGAAAAGGAUGGAUUGGGAAUUAAGAUGCCUGACCCUGAUUUCACAGUCCGAGAUGUCAAACUCCUGGUGGGUAGCCGGCGGCUAGUGGAUGUGAUGGACGUGAACACCCAGAAGGGCACAGAAAUGAGCAUGUCUCAGUUUGUGCGGUACUACGAGACACCCGAGGCUCAGCGGGACAAGCUGUACAACGUCAUCAGCCUGGAGUUCAGCCACACCAAACUGGAGCACUUGGUCAAGCGUCCCACAGUGGUAGACCUGGUGGACUGGGUGGACAACAUGUGGCCACAGCACCUGAAGGAGAAGCAAACGGAAGCCACGAAUGCCAUUGCAGAGAUGAAGUACCCCAAAGUGAAGAAGUACUGUCUGAUGAGCGUGAAGGGCUGUUUCACUGACUUCCAUAUCGACUUUGGAGGAACUUCGGUUUGGUACCACGUUUUCCGGGGUGGGAAGAUCUUCUGGCUGAUUCCUCCAACCUUGCACAACUUGGCACUAUAUGAGGAGUGGGUGCUGUCAGGAAAACAGAGUGACAUCUUCCUGGGUGACCGCGUGGAACGAUGCCAAAGAAUUGAGCUGAAACAGGGCUACACGUUUUUCAUCCCUUCCGGUUGGAUCCAUGCCGUCUACACGCCGGUAGACUCCCUGGUGUUUGGCGGCAACAUCCUGCACAGCUUUAACGUGCCUAUGCAGCUGCGGAUCUAUGAGAUCGAGGACAGAACGCGGGUGCAACCCAAAUUCCGUUAUCCCUUCUACUAUGAGAUGUGCUGGUAUGUCUUGGAGAGAUAUGUGUACUGUGUGACCCAGCGGUCUUACCUCACUCAGGAAUACCAGAGAGAAUCGAUGCUCAUUGAUCCCCCAAGAAAGCCCAGCAUAGACGGCUUCUCAUCUGAUUCCUGGCUGGAGAUGGAGGAGGAGUCUUGUGACCAGCAACCUCAGGAGGAAGAGAAGGAAGAAGAAGAGGAGGAGGGGGAGGGUGCAGACAGGGUCCCCAAGCCACCCAAUGGCCCUGUCUCUCCCACCAACACCACCCCUGAGGACCAGGAGGUCCUCGGCAAGAAGCCCAAAGCCCCCGCCACACGGCUACUCAAGAGGACUUUGUCCAAUGAGUCAGAGGAGAGUGUGAAGUCUUCGACCAUACCUGCAGACUACCCCAAGACCCCCACUGGCUCUCCUGCCACUGAGGUCGCUGCCAAGUGGACCCACCUCACCGAGUUCGAACUGAAGGGCCUGAAAGCUCUGGUGGAGAAGCUUGAAUCCCUCCCAGAGAACAAGAAAUGUGUCCCAGAAGGCAUCGAGGACCCCCAGGCACUCCUGGAGGGUGUGAAGAAUGUCCUGAAGGAGCACGCAGAUGAUGACCCCAGCUUGGCUAUCACUGGGGUCCCUGUUGUCACUUGGCCAAAGAAGACUCCAAAGAACCGGGCAGUGGGCCGGCCCAAGGGGAAGCUGGGUCCGACCUCUGCAGUGAAGUUGGCCGCCAACAGGACGACAGCGGGAGCUCGCCGGCGCCGGACGCGAUGCCGCAAGUGCGAGGCCUGCCUGCGGACCGAGUGCGGAGAGUGCCACUUCUGCAAGGACAUGAAGAAGUUCGGGGGUCCUGGGCGCAUGAAGCAGAGCUGCAUCAUGAGGCAGUGCAUCGCGCCAGUGCUACCCCAUACCGCCGUGUGUCUCGUGUGUGGCGAGGCGGGGAAGGAGGACACAGUGGAAGAGGAAGAGAGCAAGUUUAACCUCAUGCUCAUGGAGUGCUCCAUCUGCAACGAAAUAAUCCACCCUGGAUGCCUUAAGAUUAAGGAGUCAGAGGGCGUGGUCAACGAUGAGCUUCCAAACUGCUGGGAGUGUCCUAAGUGUAACCAUGCCGGCAAGACCGGGAAAGCCUACAAGCAAAAGCGUGGCCCAGGCUUCAAGUAUGCCUCCAACCUGCCUGGCUCCCUGCUGAAGGAGCAGAAGAUGAACCGGGACAACAAGGAAGGGCAGGAGCCUGCCAAACGGAGGAGUGAGUGUGAGGAGGCGCCUCGCCGCCGGUCAGACGAGCACCCCAAAAAGGUGCCCCCUGAUGGCAUCCUGCGCAGAAAGUCGGAUGAUGUGCACCUGAGGAGGAAGCGAAAAUAUGAGAAGCCCCAAGAGCUGAGUGGACGCAAGCGAGCCUCAACGCUUCAAACGUCCCCCGGUUCCUCCUCUCACCUCUCGCCGAGGCCCCCUCUAGGCAGCAGCCUCAGCCCUUGGUGGAGAUCCAGUCUCACUUACUUCCAGCAGCAGCUAAAACCUGGCAAAGAAGACAAACUUUUCAGGAAAAAGCGGCGAUCCUGGAAAAAUUCAGAGGACCGGCUCCCUCUAGCCAACAAACCUCUUAGGCGUUUCAAGCAGGAACCUGAGGAUGACCUUCCUGAGGCGCCCCCAAAGACCAGGGAGAGUGACCAUUCUCGCUCCAGCUCCCCCACAGCUGGACCCAGCACGGAGGGGGCUGAAGGCCCAGAGGAGAAGAAGAAGGUGAAGAUGCGCCGGAAACGAAGGCUCCCCAACAAGGAGCUGAGUAAGGAGCUGAGCAAGGAGCUCAAUCAAGAGAUACAGAAGACAGAGAAUAGCCUGGCCAAUGAGAACCACCAGCCCAUCAAGUCGGAGCCUGAGAGUGAGAACGAGGAGCCCAAGCGGCCCCUGGGCCUCUGCGACCGUCCACAUCGCUUCAGCAAGGGUCUCAAUGGUACCCCCCGGGAGCUGCGCCACCAGCUGGGGCCUGGCCUGCGCAGCCCACCCCGAGUCAUCUCCCGGCCCCCUCCCUCUGUGUCCCCACCCAAGUGUAUCCAGAUGGAGCGACAUGUGAUCCGGCCACCACCCAUCAGCCCCCCGCCUGACUUGCUGCCCUUGGAUGAUGGGGCUGCCCAUGUCAUGCACAGGGAGGUGUGGAUGGCCGUCUUCAGCUACCUCAGCCACCAAGACCUAUGUGUCUGCAUGCGGGUCUGCAGGACCUGGAACCGCUGGUGCUGCGAUAAGCGGUUAUGGACCCGCAUCGACCUGAACCACUGCAAGUCCAUCACACCCCUGAUGCUGAGUGGUAUUAUCCGGCGGCAGCCUGUCUCCCUGGACCUCAGCUGGACCAAUAUCUCCAAGAAGCAACUGAGUUGGCUUAUCAACCGGUUGCCUGGGCUCCGAGAUUUGGUGCUGUCGGGCUGCUCGUGGAUUGCUGUCUCGGCACUCUGUAGCUCCAGCUGUCCAUUGCUCAGAACCCUGGAUGUCCAGUGGGUAGAAGGACUGAAGGAUGCCCAGAUGAGGGAUCUUCUGUCCCCACCCACAGAUAACAGACCAGGUCAGAUGGACAAUCGGAGCAAGCUCCGUAACAUUGUGGAGCUGCGUCUGGCGGGUUUGGACAUCACAGACGCCUCCCUCCGGCUCAUCAUCCGCCACAUGCCCCUGCUCUCCAAGCUCCACCUUAGUUACUGUAACCACGUUACUGACCAGUCCAUCAACCUGCUCACCGCUGUGGGCACCACCACCCGGGACUCCUUAACUGAGAUCAACUUGUCAGACUGCAAUAAGGUUACUGAUCAGUGCCUGUCCUUCUUCAAACGCUGUGGAAAUAUCUGUCAUAUUGACCUGAGGUACUGCAAGCAAGUUACCAAGGAAGGCUGUGAGCAGUUCAUAGCUGAAAUGUCUGUGAGUGUCCAGUUUGGACAAGUGGAAGAGAAACUCCUACAGAAACUGAGUUAGUCCUAGGACAAUUUGGACCUUGGAACAACAGACCACAGAAAGAUUGCAUUUUUCAAAUCUUGCCAAGGGAAAAGCUAGCCAUCCCAUCACCCAUUGGAGUGGCUGAGUGAGUUGGAUGCAUUCCUUUGGGCUUUCUGAAACAUAACUGCACUGCUUUCUGGACCAUUUCUAAGGCGGCCUUUACCAAGAAGACAUUCCUGUUGGAGAGGGUGGACUUCGGAGAAAUUCUCUUAUUGAAGCAUGAACUUAAAAGAGUUUAUGGUUGGUGGGGUUUUGUCUUGGACACCUCAUACCUUGCACCUCCUCCAGGGUUUUCCAGUGUCUACCUAAUGUGGACCACACACCACAUCUGCUGCCCUUUUAACAUAUUUUUUGUUUGGUUUUGUUACAUCUUACAUUAUGCAGAACUAUUUUUGUAUAAAUUGUUUAAAAGUUAUUUAUGCAAGGUUUGAAUGCAUACCAGUGUUUUUGUUUUGAGAUUGCCAACUUUCCUAAUGUCCUUGAGGUAGGAGAGAACUUAACCUGUACUUCAUCAACACAAAUAAUCCAGACAUGCCCAGAUAAGGCAAAGCAGGCUAAAACCUUCCAGUUAAAAGCAUGUUUAACUAGAUGAUGAGGGUCUGCUUUGUAUGUCAAGAAGUUACAUAAGCAUGUUGUUGGGAAUAUGUAAAUUAUAGUCAAAGAUACUUUGCCAGCUUUCCUCUGUAUAGAACUCACCUUUUUCUCAAAAUUUUAAAAUUCCAACUUCAACCUUUGCACUCAGGAGAGUUUUGCUCCAGCAUGAGCUCUUGUAUUCUACCUAGAUUAAUUUAUACAAGUGGGUCAAGAAGUAGAACGAUCCAACAUAGCCUUUCUACCCCUUUUUUCUUCUUUGAAGUGUGAGUUGAGUUCUCAUUUAAGGUUUAAAACAUGGCUGUUUCCUAGAUGUAAAGUUAUGCAUUCAUAAGUGCCAUUGUUGUAAGGUGUUGUUUUCCUAGACCUUCCCUGACACGGUUUACCUUUGUUGAAUUUGUAUAAACAGUUGUACAAAAAACUUGGAUUUUGUGGGUUUCUGUCCUAGAGUGUAAAUAGAAAUCUGAUGACCCCAGCUUUAGUACAAUGCUUGAAAGAUAAACUAUACUCUGAUUU